CUCUCUCUCUCUCUCUCUCACACACAGACACACUUCUUUCUUCUCUUUACCUUUGCAAAUAAGUAUCCUUUACUUCAUCUUCACCCAAUCUGCGAGUACUCAACAAUGGCGGCAGCAGCAAAUCUCGCCGAGAAACCCCAUUUCCAUUUUCCAGAAAUACCCCCAAGCACACAUCAAAUUCCAAGUAAGUCCCACUCAAACUCCCUCUGCAAAACCCUAAUCGUCCUCGUUCUCCUCCUCGCAAUCCCCCUUUUUCCGUCACAAGCACCAGAUUUCAUCAGCCAGAGAAUUUUCACUGAGUUUUGGGAAAUCGCCCACCUAAUUUUCGUCGGGAUCGCCGUUUCUUACGGCGUGUUCGCCAGAAAAACCGCCUCCGAAAAAACCGUGAAGAAUCCAACAAACGACGAUUCCGAUUCGUACCUGUCCGGCAUUUCUCAUCUAUCUUCCGUUUUCGAAGACGACGGAUUCGAAAAUAUAUCCGUUGCUGCGGACGAGCGAGAUUCAAUUCAGAGAACCACAGACCAGAUUUUAUUAGGUGAGCAGAGAUCUGUAGUUAAAUUGGGCACAGAGAUUCGAUCUUCCGAUCGAAACGGGGAAAACGUGAAUCAAGAAUGGCGUUCGCAGUACGUAAAAGGCGAGUCUUUAGUGGUUGUUUCUAACGGUAAGUAUUUUCUUGGUGGGAGCUCUGAUUUCAAGCCGUUGAAUUUGCCCGUUAGGAGCUUGAGAAACGAGAAUCCUCGACCGAAUAAUAUACUGGAACCUAGUCGCGAAAACGGAGGCGCUGCUAAAGUUAUAAAGAUCAGAGGUGUGGUCCCCACGAAUUUGCAGAAGAAGCUCGACGAAGCUGGUGCCGCGGGGGCCCCCUCGUUUAUCCCGUGGCGGUCGAGAUCUUUGAGUAUGGAGAAAAACGGAGAAGAAACGAGCGAACACUUCUCGCGUUGCGGGCCCCACUCAAUUGGGGGAUUUGAUUCCGAGCAUCUCGAGUUUGCAGAGAACGAUUCCAAGAACUAUGAAGUGGGAAAAGGGAAACGGGCUAUUGAAUCUUCGGGCUCGGAUAUCAAAUCGUACGCCGUUGAUAAUAAAUCUUUAUCGAGAGCUAAGUCGGUUAGAACAAUCAAACCGAGUAGUCGACACAUUAGUAUGAACCGAAAGGAGCAAUUUGGGAGGAGGGUUUGUCGUAAAUCCGGAGCAGAUUCUUCGGCGAAAAGGGAAAGCCGGGAGCAAAACGAAUUCCCUCAAUUCGAAAAUAAAAAACGAGAGCUUGACGGUGUUUUUUUCCCUAUGCCAAAGCCGAAACCGACUAUAUCCGAGUUUGACGAUGAAGGGGAAAAAGAACAAGAAGAAUUCGAAAGCGAAAUAGAGCGCAAUUCAUUUUCCGACAAGGGUUCGAAUCUAGAUGAUGCUGGUGUAGGUAAAAUCGACGAUGACGUGGAAUUCGAAGGGAGCGAAGUGGAUCGAAAAGCGGGUGAGUUUAUAGCAAAGUUUAGAGAGCAAAUUAGGCUGCAGAAGAGUUCAUCACCAGCACAAGGAGGGAGGGUAUAAUAGAGCUAACAUGUAAUAAAUUAGAUUAAAAGGUAAUUAUUUUGAUAUUAUCAUCCUGGUUUUUAUUUAUUUAUAUAUUUAUUAGAUUUAAUAAUUCAUUAAUGCUGAUUGAAGAUUGAAGAACAUGCUUUUUGUGCAUGAAUGUAAAUUAGCCCAGGUCAAUUGUUUGUUUGAGUUUAUUGCCUUUAAUACCCCUGUGUUUAUAUUAAAUUGCUAAAGACCCCCUAGAGGAUGGGUUUUUGGGGUA